CAAAGAAGAAGAAUAGCAGCUCGAGUCGAGAGCUCAACUCGGAACCGUCUUUCAGCAAAUAAUAACGUUCUACUCUUUGCUAUCAGAGCUAUCGUUUCCUUCGAGAAAAUAUAAAUUUGUAUGCUAUAGCUAUUAAUAUGCUUAGGCAUAUCUUUAGCCUUUAGAAAAGAGACUUCAGACGGACAGCUUUUUUGAGCGCUCUACGAAAAAGAAAAAUAUACGGGAUUCCGAACGUUCGAUUCAUUCUGUAGCGAAACAAUUGACUACAAUCUAUUGUUUGAUUCGGGGCGUGUUUUCAACCAAACGGAUACGGUUUAGUUUAGGUGAAUUGUUUGGAACGUUGGUGAACGUCAACUAUCACGACGGGAAAUCAAUCUGAUUAGCAACAGUUGCUGUUGAGCGAUUGCUGUCAUCUCUGAAACUAGUAGGCCUACGUGCAUUUCCCGACUAUUUUCUGAACGCUUCAAUUCAUUGAUCAAAAACAUCAAGCAGUGACGUAAAAAGUUGGUGAAAACAAGAUAAGAAACACGUCAUCAGACUAAAGGUCCAAAUAGGGGGAUUUCAGAAGUCAGAGCACAUGGAAUCUACAAAAGCAGGGGGUGUAAUAGCCUACAUCAGCUCCUCCAGCCCUGAGUCAUGUCAUAGUGACUCAAACGACUGCUACAACUCCUCUUCCCUGCCACACAACUCCUCCCACAUCUGUCGCCAGGGCAAUGUGGUGGACACGCCCCUAACCACGGCAGGUCUCCCACUGGCCCAUACUACAGCAAAGACCAGUGCAAAAUGCAGCAUUACUAAAAUCAACGGCCUGGUGCUGCUGUGUAAGGUGUGUGGAGAUAUUGCAUCUGGAUUCCACUAUGGGGUCCAUGCCUGUGAGGGCUGCAAGGGUUUCUUCCGUCGGAGCAUCCAGCAGAACAUCCAGUAUAAGAAGUGCCUGAAGAACGAGAGCUGCGCCAUCAUGAGGAUCAACAGGAACCGCUGCCAGCAGUGUCGCUUCAAGAAGUGUCUGCUGGUCGGCAUGUCCAAGGACUCUGUGCGUUUCGGCCGCAUCCCAAAGCGUGAGAAGCAGCGAAUGCUGCUAGAGAUGCAGAGUGCCGUGAACAACAUGAUGAACAACAGCCAGCUACACAGCCAGCUCCACGGCAACACACCCCUCCCCCUGGCCAAUCAGCUUCAGGUGCAGGCCUGCCCUGGGGAGCCCUGCCCCCAAGAUGUUGACUCUGGUUUAGGCUCAUCCUCUUCCUCCACAUCUCCCGCCACUUCCCCCGGGUCCAACCAAUCAGAGGAGCCCAAACAUCGCCCAGAGUCUGCAGUCGCCAUGGAUACAAGCCGAAGCCCUAUAUCGGCGUCUCCAAGUGGUUCAGACCGCGGGUCAGAGGAUGGGAUUGGCUCGGUGACCCGGGCCCACCAGGAGUCCUUCAUGUACAAUCAGAAGCAAGGUAGCCCCUCCCCCCAGUCCCAGGCUGAUGCCCAGCCGACCUCCCCGGGGGAGGAGCAACGUGUCAGUAACACUGGAAAGAGGAUAGAGGAGAGGAACUGGAACCAGCAGGAGGCCUGGAACCAGAAGAACCAGAACCAGCAGAAUGACCCGGCCUCAUUCACAGCCACUCAGGCCCACGACCAGGCUCAGGAGAAGCCCACCAACACUGGGCCUCAGGGCCCUGACAGGCACCAUUGCCAGGAGGAUGACAUCACCACCCCCAGCCAUUGCCCCUACAGCAGAGGUACUCCCACCACCCCCACCCAGAAUCACUGUCUCUACAGUAGAGACAGACUGCCCAACAGCUCCCCUAGUGGCUAUUUCCCAGCCUACACCCACCAUGGAGGCAACAACAGCACGAGCCAGGCCACCUCCAACUCCCAUGGAGGAUUCACAAGACCACUGUGGAGCGGGGGCAACAGGAUGCAUCUGCUGUGUCCCAUGAACACAUCUCCACAUGUGAAUCCCCAUAAGUCAGGACAUGGGAUCUGGGAGGAGUUCAGCCACAGUUUCACCCCGGCCGUCAGGGAGGUGGUGGAGUUUGCCAAGCGGAUCCCAGGCUUCAGCGACCUCUCCCAACACGACCAGGUCAGCCUGCUCAAGGCUGGUACCUUUGAGGUGCUAGUGGUCCGUUUUGCGUCGCUGUUUGAUGUGAAAGACCGCACCGUGACAUUCCUGGGUGGUACCAAGUACAGCGUGGAGGCGUUACGAGCCAUGGGCGCCGGCGACUUCCUGACCUCCAUGAUGGACUUCAGCGAAAAUCUGAUGGGGCUCGGCCUUAGCGAGGAGGAGAUGAGCCUGUUCACCACCGUUGUCCUCAUCUCUGCCGAUCGCUCAGGGAUUGAGAACGUGAACUCUGUGGAGGCGCUUCAGGAGACUCUGAUCCGGCACCUGAAGGGCCUCAUCACUAAGAACCACACCAACGAGUCGGCCAUAUUCACCAAGCUGCUCCUCAGACUGCCCGAACUGCGCUCCCUUAAUAACAUGCACUCUGAGCAGCUGCUGGCCUUCAAAAUCCAUCAUUAGACCAGAACCAAGAUCUGAACCUGGGAAGUAUUCAUUAGUCACCAACUGGAACAUUUACUGAGAUGGGGAGGUACCACAUGAACUUGCCCAAUAAUAAAUGCUUGUUUUUUUUGCCCCGUUGCAAAACCUUUUGCUAUGGUGUGCCCUAAUGAAUAUGACCAUGGACAUUGGGUCUGAGGCCUGUGGUUGUGGACCACAAAGCCCAUUUCUCCACCCACCCAGACACACCUCGACCAUCUACACUAAUGAACUAUGAACCCUGACCUCCAAGAGAACCCUCAUCACGCCCCUCACUUCACGUGAUCUUUUCCCUUCACAAACAAGUUGAAGUAGUCAUCAAAUAUGUCAAGAUCAAAGGGGAGGGAGGGGAAAUACUUAAGACUUCAAAGUUAUCGUACUGUAAGGCUGAAAGGCUUCUGUUGUAAUAACAUGAAUGCACACGUUCAGACACAAGCGGAAGAUAUUAUGUUUCUUUGUCUUGUUUCUGUGUGUCCGUGUUGUGUAGGAAGUUUGCAACUGUACAACCUUUAGAGAAGAACCUUUUAUAAAUAUUGUGUAGACGUGUAUUUUUGCAUCGUUGGUGCAAUAUGAUAUUUGAUUAUUUACACUUUUCGUUUAGGUCUUACACCAUGGCUCUCCAACCCUGUUCCCGGAGAGCUACCACCCUGUAGGUUUUUGCUCCAACCCUGUUCCUGGAGAGCCGCCACCCUGUAGGUUUUUGCUCCAACCCUCUUCCUGGAGAGCUACCACCCUGUAGGUUUUUGCUCUAACCCUCUUCCUGGAGAGCUUUUGCUCCAACCCUCUUCCUGGAGAGCUACCACCCUGUAGGUUUUUUGCUCCAACCUCUUCCUGGAGAGCUACCACUCUGUAGGUUUUUGCUCCAACCCUGUUCCUGGAGAGCUACCACCCUGUAGGUUUUUGCUCCAACCCUCUUCCUGAAGAGCUACCAUCCUGUAGGUUUUUUCUCUAACCCAACCCUAAUCUUGCACACUUGAUUCUAAUAAUUAGCUGGUUGAUAAGGUGAAUCAGGUUAGGUACAACUGGGGUUGGAGUGAAAACCUACAGGAAGGUUUCCAAGAACAGAGUUAGAGAGCUUUGUUCUACACCUUGGGUGUAUUUAAAAUAAAUAUAUAUAUUUAUAAUUGUAGGCAGACUAAUCUAGAAUAAUGUUGUGCUUAUUGCCUGAAAUGACAGGGUGAUUCUAAAGGGGGUUAGGGCUCGUUAAUUAAACUCCAAACCAUCUAGUUGAAAGUAAACUGACAAUGAAUGAAUGACUACAAAGGAGGUUUGUCUCCUCUCUAAACUAUAGGUGUUGAAUGACAUUAAGGGGGAUGUUGUUAAAAGCAUAGCUGGACGUAUGUAAUCAGGGUAACCGCUGCUGCGUUACCUCUGUCUCGGUGUGGCCCUAUCUACUCACCUGAGGAAGGGCUUUGAUUGAAUGUUUAUUUGAAUCUCUUAUUUCAAGCUUACGGUUUCAGCUGAUGGUGCUGUGUGUGUUACACGCAUAUAGGAGGUUUGUUGUAAAUUAUAAUGUUCUUGUAAAUUAUAAUGUUCUUGUAAGGUUAUGAACUAACUGAAGUCCAUCAUUGACAAACACGGUCCAGUCACUUAAUUAUUAUAGUGUAUGGUAAUAGACCGCAUUUGUAUGAUAUGAGUGCAAAUGGACAGGAAAUCAAAUGCAUUGAGGUUAUUCGAACUGACAAAGGUUAACGUUGGUAACCAAUAAAACCUAUCGACUCAACACAUCUCCGCUUGAAGACAUUUUAGUUGUUAUUUCCAUGUCAAAAGGAUAAAAUUGUUAGUCAUUUUGGGGGGUGCAAAUUUUUAGGUGACGGUUUCGGUAAAAAAAAUAUCCAAUUAAACUGAGCAAUUUGAUUUUACAGAAACUACUUUGAGUGCUAAUUAUGCAUAUUUGUUAACUGUAUUUAAUUUGUUUAAUGAAAAAAUGUUUUGCACACAUUGAUAUCGUGUCAAAGCCCAUUUGGAAAUAAAUAAUCUAUACAAAAAAUAACAUUCAUAAA